AUGGCAGGCCUCAUCCCUGAACUAGACCUCGAAGACCUCGAUCAAGCUUCAAAGACCAAGAAUUCGAAGGGCCCACCUUACCUUGUCGAUCCCAGAGACUUGACGUUUGCAGAUUCGUUCUUGGAUUUUGAAUCUGGUUUAAGGAUAUACCAAACCCUGAUAUGGCAUAAACAGGGGAGGUCAAGGUUGAGGUGGUUGAAGAAGAGUCUAUUGGAGAGGCAAAUUCUUAAUACUGUCGAUGGUUCUGUGCCAAUUGGUUGUGUGGAGGAGGACUCUGAAAUAUCAGAUAAUUUGAGUUGUUCUACUGAGGAAGAGCUGGGGAAGGUCAGUUUGCUUGGAGGGUGCGAUCAAAAUUCGGUUCUUGAUGGUGGGAAUUGUACGAAGAGUGAAGUGAGUCGUAAUUCUGGAGGAGGAGAACCAGAUAAUAAUGAGACCGGGAAUGAAAUUUCAAAGUCCAAGAUUGAGGAUGAGAAUGCUGCAAGAAAUAAUGCAAUCCUAUUUAGAAAACAGAAACUUGUGUCUGUGUAG